UUCUCCACAAGCAGAUAGGAACUUUCGGCCAUUUUUUCGGAGUGUUUGUUGUUUUCACCAAAGCAAGAGGCUGUUCUCGGGUCGACGCUGAGUUGUGCCUUUCAGUGAACCUAAGGGAAGUUGGGAGGAGGGUAAAGUGAUCCCAGAUCAGUGUCUGUGUCGGUGUCAUGCCAUCUCCCAUGGCGCUGCUAGGUGCGCGCCAGCCUCGCGAUAACCUCGCCUACUAGAAUCAAAGCUCUGCUCGCGAACUGGAUGUUGACAGGCGCGCGGUGCGGUCAUCAUGCAAAGGUUACAUUGGAUCAGUUUCAGCGAGUCUCAGAACAAGACGCUCCUCCGCAGGAUCUGUACAGGUCACAAAAUGCGAGACGUCUAGCAACGCAAAAACGGACUAACUCACGUUUACUGGCCCCUGUGGCUACAGCAGGUGUCAAGCGAUGGACCCAAGUUUGGGAUUUCCGCGAACCGUAGUGUGUACGCUGGCUCCUCUCGGCGGUAAAGUGGCUUCAUGAGUGUCCAAAGUAACAGUGGAAGUGGUGGUGGAAGUUUGGAGGCGACGCCAUCUUGGUCGCAGCUCUCUUCGUCCCCAACGAUUCCUCAACAACAUAUAACGGCAACCGCAAAGAGCAAGGAAGGCCCCAUGGAGGAGCUGCACAGCCUGGACCCAAGGAGACAGGAGCUGCUGGAGGCCAGGUUCACAGGAGCUGUCAGCGGAAACACAGGAGGAAGCACUGGGAGCACCAGUGGAGGUGCUAAGGGUCUGGCCAGUGAGUCCUCUAACCAUAGCUAUGGCAGUCUGGGCUCAUCCAGCGACAAAGAGUCAGAGAACUCUGAUUUGAAAAGAGGGAGCUCCCCUGCCUACUCAACUCCAGAGAAGAAGCCCUCUGAAUCAUCCAGGGGGAGGAAGAGGAAAGCUGACACCUAUUCAGAGAGUAGUCAAGGGAAGACCUCCACACGUGGGCCCAAGAUCAGCGACUACUUUGAUUUCCAGGGUGGAAAUGGUUCCAGUCCAGUGCGAGGCCUCCCGUCAGCUCGCCGCUCUCCACAGAACUCACACUCUGCCCCGGGCUCAAUUGUCCGACAGAAUAGCUCCUCCCCUACGAGUCUGUCUUUUGGGGAACCCAAUCCCAAAGCAUCCUCCAGCAAGUGUGUUCAGACGGAGCUGACUGGUCUGAAACUAGCUGCUCUGGAAAGCAACAAGAAUCUGGACCUGGAAAAGAAAGAGGGACGAAUAGAUGACCUGCUCAGGGCUAACUGUGACCUGCGUAGACAGAUCGAUGAACAGCAAAAACUCCUAGAGAAAUACAAGGAGAGGCUCAACAAGUGCAUCACCAUGAGCAAGAAACUGCUUAUAGAAAAGAGCACACAGGAGAAGCAGUCGUGUCGUGAGAAGAGCAUGCAGGACCGUCUCCGUCUCGGUCACUUCACCACCGUCAGACACGGAGCGUCCUACACAGAGCAGUGGACGGACGGAUACGCAUUCCAGAACCUGAUCAAGCAACAGGAGGGCAUCAACCAGCAGAGGGAGGACAUAGAGCGACAGAGGAAACUACUGGCCAAGAGGAAGCCUCCAAACCCGUCGCCCUCCAUUUCAGUGGCCUCCACCUCUGAACCCAAGCAACGAAAAACCAAGGUGGUCAAUGGCAACGAUCCUGACCCAUUCCUCAAGCCCUCCUUGCCCCAGCUACUGACCCUUGCUGAGUACCAUGAACAGGAAGAGAUCUUCAAGCUCCGCCUUGGACAUCUGAAGAAGGAGGAAGCUGAGAUCCAAGCAGAGCUGGAGCGGUUGGAGCGGGUGAGGAACCUCCACAUCAGAGAGCUGAAGAGGAUCAACAAUGAGGACAGCUCAGCAUUUAAAGACCACCCCACUCUGAAUGAGAGGUACCUGCUGCUGCACUUGUUGGGCAGGGGGGGCUUCAGUGAAGUCUAUAAGGCUUUUGACCUGUUUGAGCAACGCUAUGCUGCUGUUAAAAUCCACCAACUCAACAAGAACUGGAGAGAGGAGAAGAAGGAGAACUACCACAAGCAUGCAUGCAGGGAGUACCGGAUACACAAGCAACUGGACCAUCCCAGAAUAGUCAAACUGUAUGACUACUUCUCUCUGGAUACUGACACGUUCUGUACAGUUCUGGAGUUCUGUGAAGGAAAUGACCUGGACUUCUACCUGAAACAAAACAAGCUAAUGACAGAGAAGGAGGCCCGCUCCAUUGUCAUGCAGAUUGUCAGCGCCCUGCGCUACCUCAACGAGAUCAAGCCUCCUAUCAUCCACUACGACCUCAAACCUGGUAACAUCUUAUUGGUGGAUGGCACUGCGUGUGGAGAAAUCAAAAUCACAGAUUUUGGCCUGUCCAAAAUCAUGGACGAUGAUAAUUAUGGUGUGGAUGGGAUGGACCUCACGUCACAGGGAGCAGGCACUUACUGGUACCUCCCUCCAGAGUGUUUUGUGGUGGGAAAAGAGCCACCGAAAAUCUCCAACAAGGUGGACGUCUGGUCCGUGGGAGUAAUCUUCUUCCAAUGCCUCUACGGACGCAAGCCGUUUGGUCACAACCAGUCUCAACAAGACAUUCUCCAGGAAAACACCAUCCUCAAAGCCACGGAGGUCCAAUUCCCUGCUAAACCACAAGCCAGCACAGAAGCCAAGGCAUUUAUCCGUCGCUGUCUGGCCUACCGCAAAGAGGACAGGUUCGAUGUUCACCAGCUGUGCUCGGACUCCUACCUCCUCCCUCACAUGAGACGUUCAAAUUCCUCUGGCUCCCUGCAGCCCUCGUCCUCAUCUCUUCCCACCUACUGACUGGCUCUCCCACAUGACUGACGGGACCCUCUGACCAAUCUCAAAACAGGAUUGUUGGAUGUGAAGGAUAAUGGAUGUGGAUCUUUUUAAACUGACCUGAGAAAUAAAUGGAAAAUGAGAUGAAACCGAAAGAGGAGGAAGAAGGGAGAUUCUCCCGUUCCUUUAAUUGUACAGAGUUGCGCCCUUGAACUCAGAGGGAGCAGAAAAAAAUGAAAGACUGACAGAAGGGAUAUGGAAAAUGCGUAGGAUGGAAG